GGAGAACCGCGGCAGGUGGCUGUGAAAGUCUUUGACGAAUUCGCACGUCGUCCUAGCUCGUUCCAGGGCUAGGUCCUACCCCAAGAGGCACCCAGAGUACGGCCUGUGUCGGAGGCGCUCUUGCAGUCGGCUACAAGGAGAUGGCCUCUGCUACUUGCUCUCCUUCUUCGUCUUUGUCUCUCAAAUCCCUCGUUGGUUCAUUUUCUGUUGAUCCUAUAGAUCUUCCUGGCAUUGGGACUAAACCAGGGAGUUUCAGGUGCAAUACGUCUGGUUUUGGGAAGCAAAAUCACUCGUUGAUUUCCAAGACAUUUGCACUGCAUUGUGCAAGAGACAAAGACAUGGAUGUCAGUGCAUCAGCUUUUGUUGAUGGCAUUGCUGACCAUUUAACAGAUAUAGAUGUUAAAGGAGGGGAGCCGAGGGAGCCAAGUGUCUCCACAAUGCUGAUGAAUUUUGCUAACGAAUUUGAUCCCUACGAAGCCUUGAGCACGCCUUUGUACCAAACAGCAACUUUCAAGCAGCCUUCAGCAACAGAGUAUGGCCCUUAUGAUUAUACAAGGAGUGGAAAUCCAACAAGAGAUGCUUUAGAAAGACUCUUGGCUAAGCUUGAUAAAGCAGAUCGAGCCUUGUGCUUUACAAGUGGAAUGGCUGCUUUGUCGGCUGUUACCCAUCUUGUGGGAACUGGUGAGGAGAUUGUUGCUGGAGAUGAUAUGUAUGGUGGUUCAGAUAGACUGUUGUCGCAAGUAAUACCCAAGACAGGAGUUCUGGUUAAGCGAGUGGAUACAGCUAAUUUAGAUGAGGUUUCUUCUGCAAUCAUCCCUAUGACAAAGCUUGUCUGGAUGGAAAGUCCGACAAAUCCUCGUCAACAAAUUUCUGAUAUUCGCAAAAUAGCUGAGAUGGCUCAUGCAAAUGGUGCUCUUCUAUUGGUUGACAACAGCAUUAUGUCCCCUGUCUUAUCUCAACCCCUUGAACUUGGAGCAGAUAUUGUUAUGCACUCUGCAACAAAGUUUAUUGCGGGCCACAGUGAUCUAAUGGCUGGUGUACUAGCAAUUAAAGAUGAAAGCUUAGCAAGGAGCUUGUAUUUUCUACAAAAUGCCGAAGGCUCAGGAUUGGCUCCAUUUGAUUGCUGGCUUUGUUUAAGAGGCAUCAAAACCAUGGCCUUGCGUGUGGAGAAGCAGCAGGAUAAUGCACAAAAAAUAGCAGAGUUUCUCUCCUCCCACCCAAGGGUGAAGAAGGUUAACUAUGCUGGUCUUCCUUCCCAUCCUGGACAUGCUCUGCACUAUUCUCAGGCGAGGGGUGCUGGUUCUGUUCUUAGCUUCCUUACAGGCUCACUGGCACUGUCUAAACAUGUAGCCGAGACAACCAAGUACUUCAGCAUAACUGUCAGUUUUGGAAGUGUCAAGUCUCUCAUCAGCUUGCCUUGCUUUAUGUCCCAUGCAAGCAUUCCUGCAGCAGUACGUGAAGCCAGGGGUUUAACUGAGGAUCUUGUUCGAAUUUCUGUUGGAAUUGAAGAUGAAAAUGAUUUGAUUGCUGAUCUAGACACUGCGCUGAGGACAGGUCCCGAGUAACUCAACUGCUGCAGGAUUCAGAGGGCCACCCCGGUUACCAUUGUACAAUAAUGUUGAUGAUGAACAAUUUCAGGGAUUUGCCUCAAGACCUUCCUUGCUUAAUAUUAGCAUAUAUUGUUAGGCAUGAAACAUUUGAGAUCAAAGAUCUCUCCCAUUCAAGAUAGACAUCUUUCAUCAUGGCUCCAAAGCAAGCAAAAUUUCCUACCUCAGUGGUCAGUCUCUCGUUUGAGGACUUGUGGAGCUAAGUUGAUGGAUUAGGUUCUGUCACAACGAUUAGAUUCAGUGAUCUGUUGAUGGAUGAAAAUAAUUAAUGGUAAUUCUGCUUGAUGGAUGAAAAUAA